AUGCACCCCGAGCCACAUUCUGUAGAAAAAAGAGGUGGAGAUGCGCAUGCCCCGAACAUGUCGAUAUCUCAAAAUGUUCCGUCUUCCCUAUUACCAAUUCGAGACAGAGUGAUUACAUUUUGUCACAUUGGAAAAGCAGGCGGCAUGACACUGCGACGGGCUACCAGCUUAACUUGCCGAUUGGCCAAACAACAGAAUGACACACCGCUCAAAGUGCAACAAUGCAUCAACCGCACAUUUCAACCCAACCAUGUACUGGCUCGUUCCACACAAUACUACUUUCACAUGUGGGACGUCAAUACAAUAGAACUGGCAAAUUCCACCUCCUUUUUGAUGGCGUUACGAAACCCUGUGGACAGGGCCAUUUCCUCUUUCAAAUUUUCCCAUCCCGGGAAUUGCAAGCGAGAGCAAGAUUACGACAUUGCCAAAAGGCCAUGGGGAUGUCAAGUCAAGAUGUACAUGAAGAAACCUGACGAGGUUCAGCGUUGGAUGUACCAGGUUUGCUUUCCUUCGGCAGGCAUGGAAGAGUUUGCUCAGAAUGUUUUGGGACCCUAUCCCAAGAACAAUCCAAGCCAUCAUUUUGUACAUUCCAACAUGACGCACGAGGUACAACAACAAUGCCGAUGGAUAGCCCGGCAGCAUUUGCGAGGACAAUGGAGGCAGGGAGCAGGGCCUCACAUGCUCUACAACUAUGAAUAUUAUCGCAACACGACCAUUGGGAAAUUCCCAGACAAGGAAGUUCUGGGUGUUCGGAUGGAACAUGAAUGGGAAGAUAUCAAGGCGCUGGAUGUUGCCAUGGGUGGAAGUGGCGAAUACCGCCAUCGAGAGGGAAUACAUGAACGACACGGAAGUGAAACAUUUGAAGCCUCGCCAUUGACUACCGAAGCCUAUCACAAGUUGUGUUGUGUCUUGGAGCGUGAAAUUGGGGUCUAUAGGGACAUUUUGGAUCUUGUUGUGAAUUUGAACGCAACAGCCAAACAGGAAACGUUGGAUGAUGUACAACAAAAAUGUGGAAUAGAGACUUCCUGGGAGGACUGGGGCCGCAAUUGUAGAGAACGCAUGGCGACGGACCAGGCCGGCCUGGAUGAAUCCGUGAAUCAACGGGGCAUCCCCAUGAAAUAG